AUGGCUGUAUCAGACGACAGUGCAAACAAUUCUCCUCAAACGUACCAGCCAGUUGUUCCUGCAGAUAUCAUCCGUGGCUCUUAUCACAGCGCCAUGGGUCCUCCACCACAGCAUACCGUGCGAGAGAAUCGCAGCGGCUCCGAUUCUGAUACGAGCAACGCCUCGCUCAAGAGUCCACGCACUGCUCGGUUCGCCGAGGCGACAUCAAUUCACUCUCCCAUCGAUCGCACAGAAGCUGGACGAUCGCCGUUUGCCGACCCUCCCAGGUCCCAGGCGCAGGGGAAUGUGGCAGAUGUCGGAUUCGGUUAUGUGGCAGCCAACAAUGCGGCCCAGCAUGCGGAUGACCAGGUGCCAAUGUCGCCGUUCAGACCUGAUCUCAAGGUACCUCAGACGGCCAAGUCAUUGAACCCACUCAGUCCCACCUUCCGGGAAGAGUAUAUUCUGGAGAAGCAAGAAAAGAAGGCCGAGGUUGAGAACGCCCGUGACCUGAGAAUCAAACUCCGCGUCCGUAUCGCCAAGGUCUUCCUUCGUUUCGUCAACUUCGGCUGCAGUCUCAUCGUAUUGUGUCUGAUAGCCGUGACAUUGACCGUCUUCAACGCAACCAAACACCUCCCCACUCGCAACAGCCUCCCAGCCUGGGCACCGGGCACAAACCCAUGGGCCCAGUAUCUCCUGCUCGGAAUGGCCUGCGUCUCCCUCGUCGCCUGUCUAAUAGUAUUCUGGGCCUACCGCAAAGGCGGGCACGGGCGCGCCGAAAAAGCCGCCGUCUACUACACCAGUUUCUCAAUAGUCUUCUUCGCCCUGAACCUCAUCAUGUGGAUCGUCGGCGCAGCAGUCUACCAACAUUCCAAGGCCACCGGCGACAAAAAGGACAUGUGGGGAUGGUCUUGCGCGAAGAACACCCGCGAACAACUCUAUCACAACACCGUCGACUACGCCCUCCUCUGCCGCCUCCAAGACUGGGGUCUCGUCUGCGCAAUCAUCGAGAUAGUCAUCGAGCUCCUCGUCAUCCUCAUCUACGUCGUCGUCUUCUACCGCGUCUGGAGUAAGCGAAAGCUCAUGAAAUCAAUGGAUACCCGCGACCACGCCCGCUCAGACCUCUACCUCGCCCAGCUGCGUCUGCAGUCAGCUCCCAACACCCCCGGCUUCGCUGGCUUCACCUCCUACCCGCCCAAGUCUCCCUUGUAUGCCGCAACACCAGUCGAUCCUUACUCAACGGCUGAGAAGGGCAUGGUUCCUCCCGCCCAUACCCAGUAUGCUUCCCCGCGCUCCCCUACCCGUCCCACACCUUCCUUCCAGCUCCAGCCGCCGCCUAUCAAGGUCCAGCAGCCGACUCCGCAGACGGCCCAGAAGGAGUUUGCGCCCUCGUCUACGCCGCCUCCAGUCAAUGGAGGGAGUGCUCCUGGUGAGCGCACCUAUGACUCGGUGCCGAUUCCCGGCGCGUACGGGAGUCCCACGGGUCCGGCGUUCCCUGCUCCUGCGCGUAGGUAA